CUCACUCAGAACUCGCUGCAUUCGCUGAGGAUCGCGGCUCCUGUUGAGACUCGCCUGUGGACCCCCGCGCCUCGCUGGACGCUGUUCCCGGACCAGAGAUGCAAGUGCACCUGGCGGCGGUGCUGAUGCUGAGCGCGGUCAGCGCUGCGCUCAACACGACGGAGGAGAAGGCCGUGUGUCCGCUGGGCUACUUUCCCUGCGGGAACCUGAGCAUGUGUCUGCCACAGCUGCUGCACUGCAACGGUGUCGACGACUGCGGGAACCAGGCGGACGAAGAGAACUGCGGUGAUAACAACGGAUGGCCGCACCUGUUCGACAAGUACUUCGGUAUGCCGACUCACAACACGGGGACCAAAUCCCAGCUCUGCUUGCUGGGGCCAAUUCCAGAGCUCUGCAAGUGUCGAGACCUGGAGUUGGAUUGUGAUGGUGCACAGUUGCAGGACGUCCCCAUGGUGGCGCUGAAUGUCACCAUGAUGUCUCUGCAGAGGAACCUUCUCAGGCAGCUGAAGGCCAACAUGUUCUUCAGGUACCAGAGUCUGCAGAAACUCUACCUGCAGCACAACAGGAUCAACGACGUCAGUCCGGACGCCUUCAGAGGACUCCACAACCUGACCCGGCUGUAUUUGAGCUACAACAAGAUCUACGUGCUGAAGCCCGGAGUGUUCCAGGACCUGCACCAACUGGAGUGGCUGAUCCUGGAGAACAACAACAUCCACCACAUCUCCUCGCUCACCUUCUCCGGCCUCAACUCGCUAGUGCUGCUGGUUCUGCUCAACAACUCUCUGACCCGGCUGGACGACAUCUGCCGGGAGAUGCCCAUCCUCAACUGGCUAGACCUGGAGGGAAACCUGCUGGAGAGCAUUGGGAACGCCUCCUUCUGCUCCUGCACCAUGCUGACCGUGCUAGUGCUGCAGAGGAACCGGAUCAGCCAGGUCCAUGAGCAGGCCUUCUCUGUCCUGCAGAAGCUUGGAGAACUGGAUCUGUCCAGCAACAGGCUGAUGAAGAUUCCCUCCAAUCUCUUCAUCUUACUGGGAGAUUUGCUGCAACUGAACAUCUCCUACAAUCCCAUCGUGGAGCUUCAGGUCAAUCAUUUCGACAGCUUACACAGGCUCAAGUCGCUGAGCAUGGAGGGGAUUGAGAUCGGAGACAUCCAGCGGCGAAUGUUUGAACCGCUGAAGUACCUGACUCACAUCUACUUCAAGAAGUUCCAGUACUGCGGCUACGCUCCUCACGUGCGCAGCUGCAAGCCCAACACAGACGGCAUCUCGUCCCUGGAGGACCUGCUGGCCAACAUCGUGCUGCGGGUCUUCGUCUGGGUGGUGUCGGCCACCACCUGCGUCGGCAACGUCUUUGUCAUCUGCAUGCGCUCCUACAUCCGCUCGGAGAACAAGCUGCACGCCAUGUGCAUCAUCUCGCUCUGCUGCGCUGACGGGCUGAUGGGCAUCUACCUCUUUGUGAUCGGAGCGUACGACCUCAAGUUCCGCGGCGAGUACAACCGCCACGCCCAGGCCUGGAUGGACAGCGGUCAGUGUCAGGUGAUCGGCUCUCUGGCCAUGCUGUCCACCGAGGUCUCAGUCCUGCUGCUCACCUACCUGACGCUGGAGAAGUACAUCUGCAUCGUCUACCCCUUCCAGUACCUGACGCCAGGCUGGAGGAGGACCGUCACCAUCCUGCUGGGGAUCUGGGUCUUCGGGUUUGUGGUGGCGUUCCUGCCACUGGUCUGCAAGGGUCUGUUCCGGAACUUCUAUGGAACCAACGGCGUGUGCUUCCCGCUGCACUCGGAGCAGCCGGAGACGCCGUGCGCUCACGUCUACUCCAUUGUCAUCUUCCUGGGUCUGAACCUGGUGGCCUUCCUCAUCAUCGUGCUCUCCUACGCCAGCAUGUUCUACAACAUCCAGAGAACCGGAACGCAGACCACCAAGUACAGCAACCAUAUCAAGAAGGAGGUGACCAUCGCCUAGAGGUUCUUCUCCAUUGUCAUCACUGACUCGCUCUGCUGGAUCCCCAUCUUCAUCCUGAAGAUUGUGUCCCUGCUGCAGGUAGAGAUUCCAGGCAGCAUCAGCUCGUGGGUGGUCGUCUUCAUCCUGCCCAUCAACAGCGCCCUCAACCCCAUCCUGUACACGCUGACCACGCGGCCCUUCAAAGAGACCAUCCUGCAGGUCUGGGCCAACUCCCGCCAGCGGCGCCCCCUGCUGGCCGGGCACCAGGGCGUCCACCCGUCGCCAACGUGGCAGGAGAUGUGGCCGCUGCAGGAGACCGCCCCGGGGCCAGUUCACCCACCUGAGGUCACGGUGCCGCCCGUCAAGCUGACCCCAGUGGAGAAUGCCAGUGAGGAAUUGGAGGACGUGAGCAGGCAACCCGAGCAUAGGAGGCAGCCCACUGUUCUGUCGGUGUGUCCGCAGAAGCCCUCGGACACCUGCGUCGACACACACAUGGACUGAGUGACCAUGACCCCGGCAGGACAUCCCACGCACUUCUGGUCAUUCAAGACCUGCAUCUCACCAUCGGGACUGUGAAGAAAAUCUUGUUUAGCAGGACUCAGCGCUUCAGAAAGUAACGUGAGACACUCGACUCUUUGUUCAUGACCACUCUGGUGAUUUCACAAAAUCAAUCAUCAGUGCUCACUUUGCUGUUGCAUGAAAGCGUGAAGAGAAUGGCGAAACAAAUCAGUCAAGUCAGCAGGUGAACUGUCGAGUGAACGUGGCUCAUGGUGGAGGCUCUCCAGCCAGGUUGUGUUCCAGUGCUGGGAACAUGACAUCGGACUGGAGGCUUUUAUUUCCCAGCUGGCCUGGGAUCCUGACCACGCCAUGAACUGCAUGUCUGUCUACAA